GCCAGUCAUGUUUUGGAGAAGGAAGUGAAAGGGGAAGACAGUAGCUGAGGGUAGUUGGUAGUUAGCUGGCUAGAAGGCAAGCCCUCAAGCAAAGUGCCAAAUUUUUAACAGUCGUUGUUGGUAACUUUGCAGUGAAUUUACGGAGCGAUUUUUCUGUUUUGUUGAUCUCCUGAUAAUCAACACACUUUUGUAUACAAAAUUCAAAGGUGGCAUUGCCACAUUAUCGUUAGACAGCGAAUAGAGCUCCGGAGAGCUAGCUAGCCAACGUAACGCCUAGUUAGCCGCUGACGCUAGCUGUCCCGAACAAUAACAGCCAGGGAGCUCGCAGCCGGCUCUGAUACAAUCAAGAAGUCCCUUCUUUGAUGGUUUUGUUUCUACAGCUGAUCAAGUAUGACAUCCAGAAAGAAAGUACUCUUGAAAGUCAUCAUUCUGGGUGAUUCGGGGGUUGGAAAAACCUCCCUAAUGAAUCAGUAUGUGAACAAAAAAUUUAGCAAUCAAUACAAAGCAACAAUAGGAGCAGACUUCCUGACCAAGGAAGUGAUGGUGGACGACCGGCUUGUCACAAUGCAGAUCUGGGACACAGCAGGCCAGGAGAGGUUCCAGUCUUUGGGUGUUGCGUUUUACCGUGGAGCAGACUGCUGUGUGCUGGUGUUUGAUGUAACUGCACCAAACACCUUCAAGACACUCGAUAGCUGGAGGGAUGAGUUUCUAAUCCAGGCCAGCCCUCGAGAUCCUGAGAACUUCCCCUUUGUGGUCCUAGGCAACAAGAUUGACUUGGAAAAUAGACAGGUGACCACCAAGCGGGCUCAGGCGUGGUGUCAGAGUAAGAACAACAUCCCAUACUUUGAGACCAGUGCCAAAGAAGCCAUAAAUGUAGAACAGGCAUUCCAGACAAUUGCACGUAACGCCCUCAAACAGGAGACAGAGGUGGAGCUGUAUAAUGAAUUCCCAGAGCCCAUAAAGCUGGAUAGGAAUGACAGAGCGAAGCCUUCUGCAGAAAGCUGCAGCUGCUGAGGAACAACUUGGACCAUCUUCUCUCUUGGCUUUCUGAAACACCCUGUCAUCACCCUGUUACAUCAUCUCCACCUCACUCCCAGGGAAAUGACUUCCCUAUUGGUCUUCCUCCUCCACACCACUGUUCAUUCCAUUGACACCUCCCCCUACCACGCAUUGCGCUGCAUAUGGAUGUAUUUCCUCCCACUUAGUACACAGAGUAAUACACUAGCGUGCUCUUGUAUGAUAUGAUGACAAAUCCAGUGCCCAAAGAUCACAUGAGAGAAGAACGACAUCCCCUCUGACCUCGGUCCCCGAGGUGGCAGCGAGUCAACUCCUGUCCUGCCCCUUCUUUGAUGGGUGUUGCUCCUGACUCACACUGAGGACACGAUGGAGCCAUGUUCAGAGAGUGCAGUCGAUGACUCUUGAUGGACUGGCUGAUCCUCUGUAAUGUGAGAUGAUGUUGGCUAAUGUCAGCGUCCCAAGUUUCUUAUUUUCACUGUUUGCUUUCCUUUGCUUUUUUGUUGAGAUUUAAUCUAGUAGAAGGACAUGUUUUUUUUCUUCUAUUAUUGGCCUUUUAAGCCAAUGUUAAACACAUACUUGUUUUUGCACUUUUCUUGUUUUUGCCUUUAAAUAUUAUAGAGGGAUGGCUGAUUUUGGGCAACUUCUUCUACCACAAGCCUUUUUGCUAAGCUUCAAUUUACACCUGUUGCUGUAUUUCCCCUUCAAAUAUCUCCCAAAAAUCUUUUGGACACAGACUUUCGGUGAUUGUAUUGCCUCUGCCCUUCAGGAAUAGGGUUUAUAACUGCCUCAUGCCACAGUGCAGAUAUUAAUAAAAGCUGAUAGGCAGUCACAACAUAGAAUAUUGAUUCAUUUAUAUGUUAAUUUAGCCCUUAAUGUAACAUUACUUGUACUGCUACGAUUUCUGCUGUAUGUGUUGCAUCCCUCAUCUGGCAUCUCUCGGUGCGUGAGAAUUACAAUAUGCUUCACCAACGUCCCUUACACCUGUCUUCUGUCAUGUCUUCUUUAUAGCUGUUCUAUCUAUCUGCUUGUAGCUCAGGUUGGCUCAGUACUUAAUAUUUUUAAUGGAUUGUGUACUACGGUGUAUAGAUGGCAAAUGAUAGAACUGAAAUUAAUGUUUUCUCUUUACAUGUAAAGAAAAUAUUCAACUAUUUGCCCUGGUAUUAUUCCUCCUUACAGAAAACAUUACUACAAUGCCAAUGAUGUUGUUAAAGAAAAUUUGAACAUCGAAUAAUAAAAUCCUUGAAUAUAU